UGAUGUCCUUUAUUCGAAUUCCUCGAACCCUCACCCAUAAUAUCUCCCAAUCUCUUAAACCCUACUCCUCCUUCAAUCUCAGAUCAUCCCAAACCCUAGCCAAACAGCCAAAUUCCUCAGACUUUGUAGCCCCAGUUUGCAAUCUUUUAGCUCAAGGAGCAAACUGGGACACUCUAACUUCCAAAUUUCCCUCCAUCCAAUUAACUGAAACCCUUGUAGAGAAAGUCCUCCUCAACCUCAAAGAACCCAUGAACGCCAAAAAGGCCUUGACUUUCUUCCACUGGUCCUCCCAAGAUCAAAACUUUCGACAUGGGCUUCGCUCUUAUUGCAUAGUUAUUCACAUCCUUGUUCAUGCUGGGCUGCUUACUGAUGCCCAGGCAUUGCUUGAGUCUUGUAUAAAAAAGAAUUUAGCAUCCGAGCACUCGAGAAUUUCAGUGGCAGAGACCAUUUUGAGCACUUAUGGACUUGCAUUACCCGGUCCUCGGGUGUUUGAUCUUUUAGUACAGACUUAUUCAAAGAUGAGGACGGUUGAGCUUGCUUUUGAUGCUUGUUGUUACUUGAGUGAUCAUGGGUUCUGUUCUAGUCUCAUCAGUUUUAAUUCGAUGUUGCGUGUUGCUCAGAGAUCAGAUAAGAACGAUUUUGCAUGGAAGGUGUAUGAAUAUAUGAUUGAGAGAAGAGUUUAUCCAAACCAAAGAACUGUUGAGAUUAUGGUCGAUGUUAUGUGCAAGGAGGGGAGUUUAAGAACGAUGACUGAUGUUUUGAGUAGAAUUCGCAGGAAAAAUUGUGGCCCUGGAGUGAUUGUUAAUUUGAGGUUGGCUUUGAGGAUAUUUCAAGAGGGUAGAAUCGAAGAAGGGGUCAUGUUGCUUAAAAGACUUUUGCAAAAGAAGUUGAUCUUAGAUGAUGUGAUGAAUUCUUUAGUUAUAUAUGGGUAUUGCGAGAUGGGUAAAUUGGAGCUGGCCUAUGAAUUUUAUGAUAGCAUGGUUAAGAGAGGAUUCAGUUCUAAUGCUUUUGUUCAUACUUCUUUUAUAGGAGCAUAUUGUAAGGAUGGAAGGAUUGAAAAAGCUAUGCGAUUGAUGGAAGAAAUGGAAUCCAUUGGAUUGAAGCCGUAUGACAAGACUUACAAUUUUCUUAUGGGAGGUUGUUCCAGAGUUGGGAGAUUGGAUGAUAGCUUGAAGUUGCAUGAGAGGAUGCUGAAGAAAGGAUUUAUUCUUGAUUGUUCAGCUUGCAGUGAGAUCGCAGGAAAGCUUUCAGAAGCUGGAGAGGUUGAGAAAGCAAGUGAGUUAUUAACUGUUUUAAUCGAUAAAGGGUUUGUGCCAAAUGAAGAGAUUUACUCUAAGCUCAUGGAUGGAUACGGAAAGAUUAGAAAGGCUCAAGAGAUUCUUAAAAUAUACUAUGAAAUGGAGCACAGAGGCCUCACUAUUGGUCCUUUGGUCCAGACUUCAUUGAUUAGAAAUCUUUGUGAAUGUGGAGAUUUGAAAGAAGCCGAAAAAUUCGUAAAUAUUAUUAAAGAGAAAUCCAUGACCCUCAACAGUUGUAUGUUUGAUGCAAUGAUAAAAGGGUGUUGCAGGAAAGGUGAGAUUAAAAAGGCACUGGCUUUCUAUGAUGAGAUGAUACAGAAGGAGUUGCAACCUUGUGCUAAUACCUUUAUGAUUUUAAUUAGGAGCAUGUUUGAAGUCGGUAAUGUAAAAUGCAUAAAGAUGUGCUAGAAAAAUAGACUGCUGAGAGCCUGAGAUCAACGGAGAUGAGGUGCAUGAUUGGUUGAGUUGGCCUAGAACGAAAAACAUCAUUGUAUCU